UGGGCACGCCGUCCAGGCCGUCCCCGGCGGCAGUGCCCAGCAGUGCCCAGCUGACCCCCACUCGUCGCAGAUGGCCUACGACAGCUGCUGUGUGACGCGGCAUCUGGCCGUCGUGCCAGUGCUGCUGCUCGCCGUGUUGCUGCUGCCGCAGUCCCUGCGCGCCGACAACGCGGGGGACGGCGAGACGGACACCAAGCCGACGUACGGAUACGUCACUAAGUACCUCACCGUGCCCGUCGACCAGUUCAGUUUCACGUGGAAUGACACGUUUCAGCUGCGCUAUUUGGUGAACGACACGUGGUGGGACAAACAGAAACCAGGACCCAUCUUUUUCUAUACCGGAAAUGAGGGGGACAUCACUCUUUUCGCACAGAACACGGGCUUCAUGUGGGACAUUGCCGCGGAGUUCCGUGCUCUGGUGGUCUUUGCCGAACACCGCUACUAUGGAAAAUCAUUGCCAUUUGGAGCCAAGUCUUUCGAGGAGCCCAAGUACCUCGGUUACCUGACGGCCCAGCAGGCGCUGGCCGACUUCGUGGCGGUCAUCGGCGAGCUGCGGAAGGGGCAGUCCUUCCCCCGCCAGAGCCCUGUGAUCGCGUUCGGCGGCAGCUACGGCGGCAUGCUCUCGGCCUGGAUCCGAAUGAAGUACCCGCACAUCGUGUCGGGCGCCAUCUCGGCCUCGGCGCCAGUGCUCAUGUCCGCGGGGCUGACGCCGUGCGACGCCUUCUCCAGAAUCGUGACGUCCGUGUACCACGCCGCGGCGCCCGACUGCGCUGAGAACAUCAAGCGCUCGUGGAAGGCACUGAGGAACAUUUCCAACACAGACGACGGCAAGGCGUGGCUGUCCAAGACGUUCUCGCUAAAGAAGGCCAUCCACACCCCGGCCGACGUGAACACCCUCCUCGAGUGGCUCAAUAACGCGUACACCGACGUGGCCAUGGCCAACUACCCGUACCCGGCGGACUUCCUCGGCGACAUGCCGGCCUACCCCGUUCACGAGGUGUGCAAGCCGCUGCGGAAGAGGGUGAAAGAUGACAAAGAGCUCGCCAAGGCCAUCUUCCAGGGCGUCAGCGUGUACUUCAACUACACUGGCCGCGCCAAGGUUCUGGACGUAAACAACAGCGACAGCCUGCUCGACGUGUCGGGCUGGGAUUAUCAG